CUCUUUGAGAGGAAUCGUUCUUCUGAGUCACAUUAAAGACUCGUUUAGAAUCAAGGAAUCGUUCAUAACCGACUCAUCACUACUCUGCAUCAUCAGUAAUGAGCUCCGGGAGAAACUCCGUGUUCCAGGUGGAGGAUGAAGACCCUCUGCCGGGAUGGAGCGACUGUAAGACCCCUGUAACGCUCCAUCAACACUUUAAUCUCAUAAGGAGCACGAGACUGAGAGGAACCACCACAUCCAGAGUCCACCCACAUCCAGCUCAAGUUCCAGCUGUGGAGGAGAAACCAGCUGCAGCUCAAGUUCCAGCUGUGGAGGAGAAACCAGCUGCAGCUCAAGUUCCAGCUGUGGAGGAGAAACCAGCUGCAGCUCAAGUUCCAGCUGUGGAGGAGAAACCAGCUGCAGCUCAAGUUCCAGCUGUGGAGGAGAAACCAGCACAAGUUCAAAAUUCAGUUAAAGCUCCUUCAGCAUCUGUCCAGCCGCAUGCAGAAGGUACAUACUUGGACUGUGCUACAGAAGAACACACACACACACACAUCCACCAUGCAAAGAGAAAAAGGUACACACACUCCUACACUUCCACAGAGUCAGUGUGUGGAAUGAAGCUAAUUGCUGUUCUCUUUAGCCUACAGAUGUGGAAACUAUCUGAGAAGGUUCCAGGCAGAACUGGACGGGGACAAAAAAUCAGCCCUGGCGUUUUGGUCCAGAUCGGCCCACUACAUACGAUCACAAACACUACUCAUCUUUGCACACCCUUAAAUAUGUAUAUAAACUCCUAUUCCAUAAAAGCACUAAAGCCCUAUAAUAACAGGUAGAAAAGAGUGAGAAUUUACACAUUAAAAAUGUAUUUAAAAAAAUGUGUAAAUUAUUAAUACAAUAAAACUCUAAUCCACACUGAUUCAAUUCAAUUUUAUUUGUAUUGCGUUUUUAUCAAUGAACAUUGUC